AUGUAUCCAACAAAAGUGGUGUUAUCUAAUGGAGCCUCUAUUAAUAUCAGAUAUCCUGAACCGCGAAAAAUAAUAAAGUUGCCUUUGGAUUUAACACUUCUAUCUGAAGAGGAGAAAAAGAUAAGGUUGGACAAAAGGAAACCUAAGAAAAAAGUUAAAAUUGUUGAAACAAUAGAAGACAAUUUUAAUGCGAAAAAAUACUUAAAGUACAUAAAAAAGAAAUAA